AUGUCGACUGCAUUCGUUCUCUUGCAGCAUGGUUAUUUCGGGGUUUUUCGCUACUGUGCAAGUAGACAAACUCUUCUGUACUCCAACAUCCAGAAGCGAGCCCUGGAUCAACCAACUUCUCUGACAUCCUCCGCUCUUUCGGGCGAGCCCGGACGUGGUACUAAACACCAGACGUCAAAGAGUGCAAUGCCAAUCCGUGAAAGUGUCGACAGCACUCUGCCUUGCCAGACAAUGCAGAACUCCAAUCUGUUGUGUCUGGCGCAGUGGGAGAAAAGUCCAGGCUAUAACAGCCACUCGUUUUUGGAGCGGCCUUUGUCGGGGUCUGCGUCGAUUGGACUGAUCGCGGUGCCGCUUGUGGAUGUCGUGCGGGCCUGCAUUGCGAUCGCAAAGUACGACACCCUUACUCUCAUCAUCUUUGGUCAGCCUGCAAGACACUUUCUCGACAUGCAUUUCGCAUACAACAGCAAGCCUCCGGGUCAGAUCGAGAUGGCGUGUUGUACUCCGUACACAGCAAUUCCUCGAAAAGGCCACCAGGCGCUCUGUAGAAGCGUGGAUAGUAGAGGUGGAUACUCGUCCAGCAACUUUUACCAUGGCGGCGGCUGGAACCGAGCUGCAGCUACGCUCAAAAGUUCGCGUCCCUUUGGGCUUCCUGUCUCUGCUCGACACGCUCUUCGACUCAGUGACGCGUUUCCUCCCUGCAUGCGCCUCGUCUGGGUCGUCAGAACGGUGAAGAAUUCGAGAGGCUCGAGCAACACAGCUCCAGCCUGCCAGGAGGGUGUCGGAAGCGCUCACUAA